UUUUCUGGACAAUCAACAACUACCGAACCCUGCACAAUGAUCGAAAGCCAGAUUGAAAUUGCUGCACCGCCCGCGAAAGUGCGGGAAGUUUUUCUUAAUUUUUCAGCGUACCCAGAAUGGCACACCAAGUGGCUGAAGGAGAUCAAGCCCGAAGAUGGCUCCAAAACGGGACUCUCACUUGUUCCGGGAGAUAAAGUUCAUGUUAAUAUCGAAGGCAUGAAGUUCACUGCCGAAAUUACGGACAACUCCGAAAACCUAUUCCAAUGGCAAGGCCCUCCAGUCUUUACUAUUGCCGGUCUGCAUUCUUUUUACAUGGAACCGACCAACGAUGGAUCAUCUACUAUUUUCAAGUUAACGGAGGACCCCAAGGGAUUAAUGUCAUGGCUCUUCAGCCCUUAUGCUCUAGGAAGAUUCCUGGCUGCUGAUUUUGCGGGCUUUAAUAAAGACCUCAAGGCUCGAGUUGAGGCUUAA